AUGCCAAUAAAAUUGAUAAUUUUGCUGCCUGCAGCUCGUUUUAGGUCCGAGUCGGUCACUGUGAAGGACGAACCGACCGACACGGUCGUUAAGAGAGGCAGAUCGGGAAGGAAGAAGCCUGCAAAGACGAAAGCCCAACAAGGCGGCAAGGAAUUCAAAACCCAAAAGAGGAAACGUUCCCGCAAAAGCGACAGCCCUAAGAAAAUCGUCGUCAACCACCCUCCUCCCUUACAACUAGACGAGCCGAUCCAAUGUGACACGUGCAGCGCCUCGUACACGAACAACGUGGACUACGCCCUUCACUCCCUCAGCCACAGCGAAGACAACAAGUACACCUGCCAUCUCUGCAACUACCGAAACGGGUCCAAGUACCACCUGGAGAUGCACGUCAGGGCCCACGAGGGCACCACCAAGUUCAAAUGCGAGAUUUGCGCUAAGUCUUUCACCAUAAGCACCCACGCCAUCGAGCAUAAGAAUUUCCACACCGGAGAGAAACCUUUCCAAUGCGAGAUCUGCGGGAAACACUUCAUGUUCUCCUGGCAUUUAGCUUCCCACCGCAGAACCUCCCACUACGAGAUACUAACGGGCAAGCCUCUGGUGAAGUUUGAUUGCACCAUCUGCAAGAAACACUACGAAUCGGCUAGUGGCUUGAGGAGACACACGAUAAAAAAGCACAAACACAACGAGAUCGAUCUGUCAGUACUCUGCGACAUAUGCGGGAAGAGACUGUCCAGCAGGGAAAAGCUCAAGUUCCAUCUCAGGACCCACACAGGGUACAAACCGCACGCCUGCCACGUGUGCCCCAAGAGCUUCUCCAAGAAGGACCAGUUAAUUGAACACAUCCGCGUCCACACUGGGGAGAAGCCAUACGUCUGUAAACUGUGUGGGAAGGGAUUCGCGCAGAGAACUCCGCUGAAGACCCACGAGAAAACCCAUUCGGGGGACAGGCCGAGGAGUAACAACAUCUGCACCGUGUGUGGGCAAGGGUUCUUGACCAAGGCGGAUCUGCAGUGCCACAUGAGAAGUUGCGUGGUUGCCAAAUUGUACCCGACACGCAAAUUAAGAGGUAAAAAGAAGCGGGACCCCUACAAAAAAACCAAAACGUCCCGUCAACGAAAAUCCCGCAGAAAAACGGAGAAACCCUUAAACGUGGAACCGAUAAAAUUGGAGGACCCCAUCAAGUGCGACGCUUGCAACGAAGAAUUCUACACCAACAUCGACUACGCGACACAUUCCUUCAAUCACAGCAGGGAAGGGAAGUACUCGUGUCACUUAUGCAACUACAAAAACACCUCCAAGUACCGCCUGGAGUCCCACGUGCGGAUGCACGAGGGCUCCGCGAAGUACAAAUGCGAAAUCUGCGGGAAAGCUUUCAGGAUAGGCACCCACGCCAUCGAACACAAGUUCUUCCACACGGGCGAGAGGCCUUUCCAAUGCGAGAUAUGCGGCAAGCACUUCAUGUACUCCAGACGGCUCGCUUCCCACCGUCGCAACUCCCACUACCAACUCCUCACCGGCAAGCCAAAGACGAAGUACGAUUGCGAGCUGUGCGAGAAAACAUUCGAAUCAAUGCCGGGCCUGAACAAUCACAAAAACAAGAAGCACCAUAAUAUCCAAGUCGACAUGUCCGUGAUAUGCGAGAUAUGCGGGAAGAAGAUCUCUUGUAAAGGCAGGUUGAAGUAUCACUUGAGGAUCCACAGCGGCGACAAGCCUUUUUCUUGCAUGGUGUGCGCGAAAAAGUUCGCGAUGAAGGAUUUGUUGAUAGAGCACAUGAGGGUUCACACGGGCGAGAAGCCGUAUACUUGUACGUAUUGCGGGAAGACGUUUGCGCACAGGUCUCCGUUUAGACGGUCAAAAAACAUCUCGAAAAGGAACUCGACACCGAAGGCAGCCAAAAAAACGAAAGAUUCUCGCGGUGCUUACAAAAAGACGACGAAAACGGAACCUACUCGCCGAAAAGACAAGCCUCGAAAGGUGGUCGUCCAACCCAUAGAACUAGAAGAACCCAUCCGUUGUAAGGCUUGCAACGAACACUUUAAGACCAACGUAGCUUUCGCCUUACAUUCUAUAACUCACCGUGAGGACGGUCAGUACUCGUGCCAUCUAUGCAGCUAUGCCCACAAAUCGAAAUAUAGCCUAGAAAGCCACGUCAGAGCACACGAGGGCUCCACUAAGUACCAAUGCGAGAUCUGCGGGAAAGCUUUCAAGAUAGGCACCCACGCCAUAGAACACAAGUACUUCCACAACGGCGAAACUCCCUUCCAGUGCGAAGUAUGCGGAAAACACUUCACGUUUUCCAGGCAUUUAACCUCGCAUAGGCGCGCGUCACAUUACCCCAGCGUCACCGGCAAACCCCCCAUUCGAUACGAAUGUACCAUCUGCAACGUCAGCUACAAGUUCUCCUCAAGCUUGAGCAGGCACAAUCAGAAUAAACAUAAGAAGGUCGACGUUUCCGCACUGUGUGACAUUUGCGGGAAGAGACUAUCCUGCAAAGACAAGCUGAUGUACCACCGCAAGAUCCACACGGGUUUGGACACACAUCCGUGCGUCAUCUGUAAGAAGAGGUUCUCCAAGAAGGACAAACUGGUGUGUCACAUGCGGGUGCACACGGGAGAGAAGCCCUACGUGUGUAAGUACUGCGGGAAGGGAUUCGCGCAAAGCGCGCCGUACUGGUUGGAAACAGCUGUAGCAGCAAAAAAAAUAGAAAUAAAGUCCGAAGCAUACUAUGACGUCACGGAAGAUAACAAGAGAAUUCGGGGAAGAAGGAAAACUAACAAAAGCCAAAAUAAGAAAAACGACUCAGACUACGAACCACCGCUUAAAACUCAUCGCAAGGAUCCUGGCGCCAAGCCAACGGGCAAAAACUCGAGGAAGUCGAGGAGAAAAUCCGAGAAGCCCCAGAAGAUAAUCUUCGAUCCAGCAGAACUAGAAGAAGCCUUGAUCUGUACUAUAUGCAAGGAGUCUUUCCACAACAACAUAGACUUUGCUAUACACUCCAAAACGCACAGCGAAGACGGUAAAUACUCCUGUCACUUCUGUGAUUAUAAAACUACCUGCAAGUACCGUACGGAAGCUCACGUCAGAGGCCAUGAGGGAACCUCCAGGAAAUAUAAAUGCGCCAUCUGCAGCAAAACCUUCCGGAAGAGCACUUACGCCGUGGAGCACAAGUACUUUCACACGGGCGAAAGGCCCUUCCAGUGCGAAAUUUGCGGGAAACACUUCAUGUACUCCAAGAGCUUGGCUCACCAUCGUCGCACCACCCACUACGAGGUAGUUACAGGUCAGCCUUUGCGGAAGUUCGACUGCGUUCCUUGCAACAAACACUACGAGUCUCAGUCGGGCUUGCUGAGACAUAAUUCCAUGCACCACAGGGAUCCCAACUCAGGCGGUGGGUUGUCCGUGCUGUGCGACAUCUGCGGCAAGAGACUGUCUUGUAAGUACAAGCUGAAAUUCCACAUGAGGACCCACACUGGGUACAAACCGUUCUGCUGUCGUUUUUGUUCCAAAGGUUUUACGAACAAGGACCAAGUUGUAUCCCAUGAACGAGUACAUACCGGUGAGAAACCGUUUUCUUGUGAAUUCUGCGGGAAAGCUUUCGCUCAGAGCGCCCCCUAUCGGGUAAAUUCGAGAAAAAGGAAGCGCGCCCCAUCCAAGGAAGACUUAGAACCCGAGAUAGACGAAAAAUCUCGCCACCUCAUUAACCUCAUGAAAAUCGAAAAAGUGCUUAAGUGCAAGUCUUGUCUCAACGUGUACAGCAACCACGAGGCCCUUGCUUUGCACUCAAAGACCCACAGCAGGACCCGUCACUACACUUGCCACCUCUGCAACUUCGAAGUCAGUUCAAAAUUCCGCAUAGAGCGGCAUAUGCGGGGUCACCGGGGUUACAAAUGCGAAAUAUGCAGCAAGGUCUUCAGGAAAGUCACCAGCGCCUUGAAACACUCGUAUAUACACAGCGGGGAAAAGCCGUAUCAGUGUGAGAUAUGUGGGAAGCACCUGGCCAAUUCCAAAAGCCUAUAUAUGCAUCUCAACACCAUACACCACGAAGUCCUCACGGGGCUACCCCUAGUCAAAUACGACUGUGUGGUGUGCAAGAAACACUACGAGUCGGAGACAGGUCUGAGGAGGCACUACUCUAGUACGCACAAAGAAUUAGGCAUCGAUCUGUCCGUGAUAUGCGAGAUUUGUGGGAAGAGGAUAUCCAACACGACUAGACUGAAGAGACACAUAAGAACACACACAGGCUACAAACCCUACGCCUGCUUAGUGUGCUCUAGGAGUUUCGCCACCAAGUGCUUGCUGACUUCCCACACGAGAGUACACACGGGGGAGAAACCUUUCAUAUGUACAUACUGUGGGAAAAGGUUCGGACAAUCGGCCCCUUAUCGGUACCACAUAAAAAUCCACACCGGGGAGCGGAAAUGUACACGUUCAAGGGCAAAACAGCUGACAAAAGAGAAAAAAUCAAACAGGAAAACUCACGUAGUUGACAAACAAAGACCGCCUCGAAGAACCAGCACCGAAAUUGACCCCGACUUCAUCAUAAAAGAAAAAAUUCAUCCAAAAGAAACACGCCCUCCCAAACAAAAACUCGACUUCGACUAUCUCGACAAGUUCAUAAACCUGAAUGAACUGACGGAACCCCUGGAGUGCAAGGACUGCAAACUCACCUUCCACAACAACCUAGACUUCGGCUUACAUUCCAAGUAUCACACCGAGGAUGGUUUCUACUGUUGCCACAUGUGCGAAUACAGGAAAGACUCGAAGAAGCUGAUCAGGAACCACAUCAGGCGCCACGACACCUUCAAAUGUAAGAAGUGCAAGAAAAUCUUCAAGAGUCGCCAGUGCGCUUACAAACAUUCAAAGACCCACGUCCCCCAAGACCCUGUCAAGUGUGAGGUGUGCGGUAAAACCUUCAACAACCCCAAGUACUUAAAGAGGCACCACCAAGUCGUACAUGUCGAAGAUACCAUAGACACGGUACCCAUCUUCUUCAAAUGCACUAAGUGCGACAAGCAAUACAAACACGCUGCUGGUUUGAAAGGUCAUUGUUCCUCCAACCACAGAGAACUGGGCAUAGACACAUCGGUUAUCUGUGAUAUUUGUGGGAAGAGGCUCUCUUGUAAUGCCAAGCUGAAGCAGCACCUGAGGAUCCACACCGGAGACAAGCCUUUCCCUUGUACGGUAUGUCCGAGGAAGUUCAUCUCGAAGGAUAUACUGAGGGCCCAUAUGAGGGUGCACACUGGGGAGAAACCGUAUGUAUGCAUGUACUGUGGGAAGAAAUUUUCCCACGGGGCGCCUUAUAGGUACCACAUCAAGACCCACACGGGGGAGAAGUCCUGGAGUUGCCCCAUAUGCUCCAAGGGGUUUAUAUCGAAAGCAAAUAUGAAGAUCCAUGUAAAAACAUGCACGGUACCAACUAAAUGA